CAGUGGUCACUCCGGAUUAAUCAUUUUGAUGCCUUGAUGGUGUCAGAUUUCCUCCUUUAUUUAUUCUUAUAAUUUAAAGCAAUAAGCUCAAUAUUUCUAACACAAAAUGCAGAAUCCAAACGAGGAUACAGAAUGGAACGAUGUCCUUCGCGCUAAAGGAAUUAUACCUCCGAAGGAGGCGGAGGUUUCAGAAGAACAAAUAGUAAAUAUGAUAGAGCAAACCAUCAAGCAGAAACAGGAAGAGAAGGACAAACAAAUGUCCGAACUGGACCUGGAUGGCCUUGAUGAGCUUGAAGAUUCAGAAGACGAAGCUGUCAUAGAAGAAUACAGAAGGAGGCGUAUUGCUGAGCUCAAGAGACUGUCUGAGAAGACGAGGUUCGGUGAUAUCAGAGAAGUGUCCGGCCAGGACUAUGUGCAGGAGGUCAACAAGGCUGGUGAGGGCAUCUGGGUGGUUAUACACCUGUACAAGCAAGGUAUCCAGCAAUGUGCUCUUAUCAACCAGUACAUGCGGCAGCUGGCUGCCAAGUACCCGUACACCAAGUUCCUGAAGGCCGUUGCACAGACAUGUAUCCCCAACUUCCCAGAGAGGAAUCUGCCCAGUGUAUUUGUGUACUUUGAGGGGGACAUGAAGAAGCAGUUCAUUGGCUCCACAGAGCUCAGAGGGACUUCUCUAACUCUUGAUGAAUUUGAAUACAUCCUCGGACAAGUUGGUGCAGUAGACACAAAGAUCACAGAGGACCCGAGACCUAAAAUCAAGGACAAGCUGUUCACAGACCUUGGAUCAAAUGACUGGUGAUUAGUGAGGAUCACCACAUCACCAGUGCGAGAACUGUAUGCUUUGGUGCGGGUAUUGUGCUUAAGUUGCGGAGUAUUUAUUUUUGUUAAGAUAUGAGAAUAAGUAUUGUGUUAAUUAACUAGAAAAUUGUUUUAAAAGUUAUAGUUUUCUCGACCUUAUCGCCACGAAGUAAUGACGCGAUAUAACAAUAUCAGUUGAAGUGCAUUUUAAUAUUUUUUGUGUAUUUACUAUUUUGUAAUGUGUAUCAUUGAGAGCUUUAUUUCUAUACAACUUAUUGUUGUAACUGAUGAGAUUUAUAAAUAAAACAAAUGUUGUCUAA